CUUCUUUUGGUGGACGGUUGUACCUCUCGUGCAUCGAGCAUCGAUAGUCGCUCUAUCGGUGAGUAAGCGGAAGUCGCGGAACUGUGAUCGAGUCCGUUAUCUAUAAGAGUAAUAUUAGGAGAGUUCUAUAACUAAGGCGUGUCUGUUGGUGCUUUCGAACCCCAGUGGAGUGUUGUGACUACUGAAGUAGCUGGUAAACAUGUGGUUUUGAAUGUGGUGAUAUUGUGGUUAUGUCCAAUGUUUACUGUGUACACCAACGGGUACAUCUGUGAGGUACGGUUUAUAUAGUUGCAAGUGUUGUGUUUGCGUGUAAACGAGUACAAUUUUAGGUUAGGUUUGAGGCUAAUGACCGAUGAUGCGUGUUAGAAGUAAGAUGUAAGCUGUUAUUUAUCGGGUGACUAUUUCACCCUCCCCUCGUGUUUUUUUCUGAAAGUGUUUUCUAUCCUCUAUCACCGUGUGGUUCCCCGGUGUCGGUGCUCUGCCCCUGAGGCAAGACGAGGCCCCCCGCUCCCUAUCCGGCCAGCAGUCCCGCCUCGCCGUCCAAUGUCCUGUAGUCAUGCAAAAUGAACCCUCUGACCAAACCUUAGACGAGAAAACAGAUCCACAUAAUUGGCACCCUUAUACGACUAAUACCUUUGGAACAUCCUUCGGCAUAAAACCAUCAGGACACUUUGAACCGCAAAAGUUUGAUCAGCGUCCACCAAAUCUUCCAAUCAGAGGUGGUAUUCAGGUUUUACCUCCUGUGGUCCCACCGAGAGCCGUUAACGGAAGUAUACCCAGUCAACCUGUAGCGACUCCUAGGCCGAAACCUAAGCCUCCACUACCACCCAAAAGAGAUGAACUUACGCGCUUGACCACUGUAAGAAGAGAUCCUGUUCAGCAUCCUCCAGCAACUCCUGCCAGACCUCAGCAUCUAGGAGAAUCACAACAGCUCGACCAAGGAAUUCCAGAUGUUGUUUCAACACAUUUAAAAUACGAAGAAAAAGAAGAGGCUCAGUGUCCUCCAGAUAUACCACCCAGGCCGGAGGAGAGUGCUCUUAAAGGUUUAGAAUACUCAGUGGAAGAUAAUGCACCAGACGAAGAAUUUCAAGAAGACUUAGAUCUACCCAGACCCGAUUUAGAUUUGAGCCAAGACCAAUCCUUAGAGAGUCCCUCCUCUGAAGAUGGAGCGACUGCAGAUAUAUGGGUGAGAGCUAUAGAUUCUCCGAUUAAAAAGCGUCCAUCGGGUGAAGAGGUUUUAAGUCAGCCCUCUAGUCGGCAUGCUAGUACAAGUGACGAGACAGAUGAUAAGGAAUCAAAACCACUUAUAAGAAAAGAUUCGCAACAGUCUAUUAAACACAAAGCCACUUUAGAUAAGUCUUAUAUUAAAUGUCUAAGAGAAAAUGAAGAUGUGACUGCUCAACCUAAAAUCGAAGAAAUUCAAACUUCAAGUAGUGUAGAAGUACCUAAUGAUAAUGCUGCUCAACAGUUGACAUCGAAUCAGUGUUUGUCCCCAAAUGUAUAUAACGAAACUGCCAAACGUACUCCCUCUCGAGUAGUUGGAAGUGAAAGCCUUCCGUGUAGCCGGCCUAGUUCUAGAGCUACUAGUAGAUCUUCUUCUCCUGCUUCUUUUGUAAGCGAGAAGCAAUCUUCCUCUAAACCAGGGAGAAUAAGUGCUGCCGAAGCUCUUGGAGUGAUAGCUAAGCCUUGUCCUAGACCACCAACUUCAAAGCGUUCAAAGCAACCUCAAGAAUAUCGACGGCAGUCGUUAGGAAAUUUGUCGGACUCAAAACUAUCAAUAGGUUAUGAUCGCAGUAACUGUAGUAUAUCAUGUACUAUAAGAGGACUUUGGAAUUCUGUUGGUGAAACAGAAGUAGCAUCGGAAACCGGAAGAGAAUACCGAAGGCACGAAAGGGCUCAAAGAGGAUCCAGCGCUGACGGAACAAGAACUCUAUCUAGGAUAAAAUUUGAAUGUGGUCACCCAACUUGGGACGGUACUGAUAACAUACAGGGGUACUUAGACCGUGACACUCAGUCAGUCACGGGGUAUAGUACUUUAUCACGAAUCGGAAGGUCCAAAACCGAUAAGUAUUUUGCUAGGUCUACCACACCAGUUCAAAGCGGUUACUCGUCUGGUGAUUCUUCCAGCGUCAAAGAGGAGUUGGUUCCAAAGAAAAAUUUAAAAGUUACAAAAGUUGACGCAAGCGGCAGACCAAAAUCUACUUGUAACUGCGGACACCAUUCGGCCUCUACAGUCAGAGUAGACACGGGAAAACGCACAUUUUCUGUAGAAGAGUUAACUACCGCUUUUGCAAGACAGUGUUCGGAGUUUACAAGAGCUUCAUCAGGUUCAGGGUCUGCUAGAGGCUCUUUUGGUAAAUCGCCGAGAGUUACGUUUGCUCUUGCUGAAGAUAUGGGGGCAAGUGGUGGAGCGAUUUCGAAGCAUUCUGAAGCGGAACGCCCUCCCGGUGGAGCUUCGAAAAAGAUUUUAAGAGGGAAAUCCCUUCCUAAUCCAUCUACGGAUUCUGACGACGGGAUCGACCCGAGGGCAAGUGGGAUGCAGCAUAAACAGUUCCAUGGUGGAGGUCAAAUGCAACCAUGUCAGAGCAACAGAAGUCAGCCCGCUAUAGGACUAAAGCAGACGCCGAAAACCAGGCCAACAAUCUUUGGAACUGUAGCGUCGGACCUAACCCCCAAAGAAGGAGGAAACUGUCGAAGGAGUUUGCCACAGACGACGGUGCAGGGGGGCGUGACGAACGGAGGGGGCGCAGCCGACCACGAGCCCAGCCCUGAGCCUGCUGCCGACUACGAUAAUGCACUCGUAUAUAGGGACGGCAAUUUGGUGUCCGGCUCCUUGGACGCCCUCAUACAACACAUGGUGCCCACCACCGACUACUACCCCGACCGAGCUUAUCUGUUCGCCUUCCUGCUCAGCUCCCGCCUCUUCGUCAAACCCCACGAGCUGCUGGGCAGGGUCACGGCGCUGUGCGACUCUCAGCAGAAACUCUCCGACAAGCAGCCGCUGGCGAAAGAGUUUGUGUCGCAGGAGCGCCUUGGCAGAUUCAUCCCCAGGCUGGUCCAGCUGAUGGCGGAGUGGAGCGAGACGUUCCCAUACGAUUUCCGUGACGAGCGCGUGAUGGCUCAUGUCCGCAGCAUCACACAGAGCUGUGUGAGCGUGGCAGGAGCAGCGGGAGAGGCUAGAGUCAGGCACGAAGUCUCCACUCUGCUGCAGAAUCUGCUCCAUAGGUUGACGGCAUUGGAGAAGUACGAGGAGUUUCUGCAGAGGGUGAGUGCCGAGAGUACCACCAGCAACAUCGAGGCUCUCAAUAUGACCGAUGUAACCGAUGUAUGCCCGAACGCGUCAGCUCUCGCUCAACAGUUGACCCACAUUGAGCUGGAAAGACUCUCAUUCAUCGGCCCAGAGGAGUUUGUCCAAGCCUUCGCUAAGGACAAUCCUCAUCUGGAGACCUCCUUCAAGGACAUGAAGAAGACCCGCAACCUCGAAUCUUAUGUGUCUUGGUUCAACAGGUUGAGUUACUUUGUCGCCACGGAAGUGGUUAAGCAUGCCAAGAAAAAACAGAGAGUGAGAGUAGUGGAGUUCUGGAUUGAGACAGCUAGAGAAUGUUUCAACAUUGGCAACUUUAACUCUCUGAUGGCCAUUAUUGCCGGUCUCAACAUGUCCCCCAUCUCAAGGCUCAAGAAAACAUGGAACAAAGUUCAGAGUGCCAAGUUUUCCGUUCUCGAGCACCAGAUGGACCCGAGCUCCAACUUCUGCAACUACCGAUCCACAUUAAAGGCGGCGAUGUGGAGAUCUGCUGGAGCCACUGACCAGAGUCAGCGGAUUGUUAUUCCCUUCUUCUCGCUGCUGGUCAAGGACCUAUACUUCCUCAACGAAGGCUGUUCUAACAAGUUACCAAAUGGCCAUAUAAACUUCGAGAAGUUCUGGCAGCUGGCAAAACAGGUGACAGAGUUUAUAACGUGGAAACAGGUCACAUGCCCCUUUGAGAAGAACCCCAAAGUCAUUACAUUCCUGCAAGCGAGCCCUGUACUUACAGAAAACGCACUGGCACUGGCCUCAUUUGAGUGUGAACCCCCAGAUAACAGCUUGGAAAAGGAGCGAUGCAAGUCACUUAAAACAUGGUAUGCAGAGACGAACUGCAAGUUUUGUCAGAUCGAGGCUUAUAAACGCCGGAAAGAGUUGCAUUCUAAGGUCAGACAAGAGCCACUGAACACGGCGAUGCCUGUAUACUCCGACGUUCUGUUCCAAUACAAUAUUCUCCACACGGAGGCCGGCGAGCCGGGGGUCCAGACCCCUCACAUCGAACCCACCUCCGUCUUACCCAACUUCGAACCACUUACACCGUCUGACUUCUUUAGCAUUUUGGCGGAAUUGACUUCGUAAGACUGAACGUGGACGAGUGUCUGUUGUGUUUUCUACGAGCUCAGUGUUGGACUCAGUAUUGUCAUGUGUUCCUCAUACCCUUCUUGACCGUGUUUGUACUCUACUAUAAGUGGACCAUCACUCAAGGAAUCUUUUGUUUAAGACAUCCCUGUGAAUAUUUCUUUUGUAAUUUUUAUUUAUAUGUUUAUAAGGAAUAAGCAUGUAAUUUAAUUAUUUUGUUUACUUAAAACUAAUUUCUGUAGAGUACAAAUGUAACUAUAUAAUAAAAUAUUAAAUGGUAAUUUU